AAAUAAUUUCCAUUGGUGUAAAAGUUGUCUGAGAAACUUUAAGAUAUAUAUGCAUACAAGAGCUCAAAGAGAUAAGAAGAAAAAACAAUCUAUGAAGAAACCCAAUACAAUACAUUCCCAAUUCUAGCAAACAAAAACAACACAUAAAUAAUUAGAUGACUCAGAUCCACUAAACCCACCAAAACUCAGAAUGAAAAAGCAUAUUAUCGAGAGAAAAAAAAAAAAAAACCCAUCUCAAAAAUGGCACCAAAUGAGGAGUGGGCAGUAGUGAAGAAUUGAACAGAAAUCAGAGUUGGUGAUGAUGAUGAGACAAGGCGGAGGAUCAGAUUCAUCAAGGUGUCAAGACUGUGGAAACCAAGCAAAGAAAGGCUGUGCUUACAUGAGGUGUAGGACUUGCUGUAAAACCCGAGGGUUUCAGUGCCAAACCCACGUCAAGAGCACUUGGGUUCCUGUCUCCAGAAGGCAUUCUAGGCUUCAACAACAGUUUCCGACUGUUCAUCAACAGCAACAUCAACAUCUCCAAGCCCAAAACCCUAAAAGAUGCAGACAGAAUCCCCCUACAGGACUGGAAGUGGGGAAUUUUCCGGCUGAAUUGCAUAUCCCGACAACAUUUCGAUGUGUUAGAGUGAGCUCACAUGAUAAUGCUGUUGAUCAAUAUGCAUAUCAGACUGAAAUCAACAUAGGAGGACAUCUCUUCAAAGGAAUUCUUUAUGAUCAAGGCCCUGAGGCUGAGACUCAUUACACCGCCGACGAGAGUGCCUCAGUGCAACAACAACCAAAUCUCAUCACUACUGGUCUCACUUCUUCUUCUUACCCAAGUCCAUUCAUUCCCGGUACGCAAUACUUUCCAUACCCAAAAUCUUAAACAACAUUUUUUUCCCCUCUCUUCUCUGUCUAAGCUUUGUAUCUGCGCGAUUGAUGUUGUUUUGAGUAAUUUAUAAUAUCAUUGAACAAGAAACGAAGAGAAAGUAGAAUGGGAGUAUUUUGUAUUCCCAAUUCCAAGUGAAGAAUUAUUUGAUCUUGUCGGUGAUUUUAAAAAUGUUUUUGUAAUGUUGCAUUUUGUCUCUUAUCCUUAAUUUACUAGUAUGUUUGUCCUUUUUCUGAUCCGGCUUCAAUUUCAAUUUUUUAGAUUAGUACUGGUUUUGUUGUUGUUUAUGAACUUCGAAGCAACUUUUCUCCCGGUUUUCCGUUUCUUUGCCGACCUUGAAAUCUCUAGCAUUAUGGAUAAA